UAUAAGAUUUUUCCAAAGAACAAGUCCAAUAGUUGUGAAUGAUCUGCCUACGAGUAUCAACAACAUGGCUAGACUCACAAUUGUUGUUGCAGCAAUUGCUGUGUUGGCCCUCUCGAUGCCAGUAGUUGGCCAAGGGGGAUCAACAGGAUCCACCACGGUUACGGUUAAUCUGGGUAUUGCAAAUGCCCUCACAGGCGCGAUUUCAGGAACCGCCAAUCUCCUCAUUGCGCUAAUCAACAACAUGGAAACAAUUACGAAUGUUAUCAUCAGGGAAUUCAGUGUUACGCUGUCUUUUAUUUUGACCAAUUUUCGUGAAGCCGGAAGUAUGAUCUAUUCCAGUGUUAUGUAUGUCGUUGGCAGUAUUGGGAGUACCAUCAACACACUCAUCACAGAAUUCUCCAGUUAUGUCUAUUAUGGAAUCACUAAUAUGCGUGAAUUGGUUGGAAACUUAACUUCAGUAUUUACUUCAGUAAUAAGAAAUCUCCUGAGUAGUACUUAUGAAUUUCUAAGUUUGAUUGGUUCAAAUCUGAGUAAUAUUUUUGGAAAUCUGGGAAAUAUUGUAAGCAAUAUUGUUUCAAUGAUUUAUUAUAAUUUUUCUGGGAUCAUUGAUGGUUUUAUCAACUUUGGAAUCAACAUAGUCACGAAUUUAAGAGAAGUUCUGAAUAUGGUAACCCGUAAUAUCAUGAGUUUGGUAUCCGGAGCGUUUUCAAAUAUCUACUACUUUAUCACCAACUUCAGGGAAGCUAUUACCACAAUCGCCACCAUGAUCUAUUCCAGACUUACAGGAGUUUUAAGUGGAGUGUUCACAUUCAUUUCAACCAGCAUCACUCAACUCACCGAUAACCUAUAUAAUUUGAUCACGAAUUUUGGAACCAUUUUAGAUGGAAUUAUAAGAUUUGUCUAUUCUACAUUCACGGAAAGUCUAGGAAACGUCGUCCGUUAUAUUUUUGAAUUUAUCAGAAAUAUCAACACUAAUCUCUACAAUGCUCUCAUAAAUCUUGGAAGUGCUAUUGAUAGAUUAGUUAGAAUUUUGUAUAACGCUGCAUUGGCUGGUUACAACUUCUUUUCGGGUAUAGCUGGAAACAUCUAUACAGCACUCACCUCUGGUCUCAGCUAUGUCAUCACAAAUUUACGUGAAAUUUUGGAAGCAAUUAUCAGAAUGAUAUAUUCUGGUAUAAGUACUGGAAUACAAACAGCUGCAACAGUUGCUAAUAUCAUCUCCAACAACCUUAGUGAUAUUUUAUAUGAAAUUGUUACUAAUCUACGAGAUUUAACCACUAAUAUUGGCAGGUUCAUCUAUACAGCUCUUACGACUGGUUUAACCACAUUGAUUAGCAACACUUUUGAUAUAUUCAGACAAAUUUCUUCUAACAUGGUUUAUCUGAUAACCAAUUUACGUGAUAUCAUCAUCAGUAUUUCUGGAAUGAUUUAUUCUGGAAUUGCUAACACCAUCAACUUUAUUACGACCAAUGGCAUGGCUUUUAUUAGAUAUAUUGGUUCAAGCCUCUCCAACGCUUUCUAUAAUAUCCGUGACGUUUUAUACAACACCGCCAUCUAUAUCCAAAGCGCCAUCUCUGCGGGACUAGCUCAAUUGGGUUCUGCUAUCAUUACGGCAUACCAACUUGCAGGAGCUACUAUUACCGGAACAAGCGAGACCAUCGCAUCGGUUGUUUUUGCUGGUGGUACUAUUUUGGGUACUGGUAUAUCUGUUAUUGGUAAUAUGGUUGGAGGUGUAGUCAUAGCAAUCUCCGAUGCUAUUUCUACAACGAUUAAUGGAUUAACUGGAAUUAUUGGAGCAGCAACUUCACUUUUGCUUCAAGGUCUAGUGACGUUCCUUGGUAACGACUUGAUCGCUACGUUUAUUGGGUCUCUUGGUAGAAUUGUAUACAAUGCUGGUAUUAUGAUCAGGAAUGAGAUAGUUAUCUUCCUGACUACUACGCAAAAUGAAAUUAUCAGAGUUAUUACUACUUUUCUGAGUAAUUUUAGAAUUGUGGUUCAAACUGGAUAAAAAUUCUGAAAUUUUGAAAAAAAUUGAAAAUUGAAAACCUAAAAAAUAAAAUCUAUGCUUUAUCAUCAAAAUUUAUAUUUAUAUUUGAAAUAAAAAUUUUCUAUAAAAAUA